AUGCUUGAGCAGGCUGAGAGCAUCGGGCUGCAGCCCGUCGCUGAGCGCUCUGCCGAUGGUGGGCCGCUUCUAGAGGACGAGGAGAGCGUGCUACACAAGUUUGAGCGGCUGCAGCUGGUGAUCGGCGCCUCUACAGACCAGGGCGAGGGCUCGCUGUUCAUCACCGAGUGGCGCAUCGUCUGGCUCAGCGCCGCUGAUCCGACCCUGGGCUACAGCUGCGAGUUCCCCGCCGUCAGCAUGCACGCCGUCGCCACCGACGAGGAGUCCUCACACCGCCCCUGCCUCUACAUCCAGCUCGAUGCCGGCGACGAGGAAGGCGGCCUGGGCGGCGGCGCUGGUGGCGGCAGCAGCGGGGAGGAGGAGGAGGAGGGAGAAGAGCUGCUGCCGGAGCUGCGCCUCAUCCCCGCCGACGCCAGCCAACUGGAGGCGAUGUUCCAGGCCUUUUGCGACGGCGCGGAGCGCAACCCAGACUUCAGCGAGGAGGAUGAGGAGACAGGCGCCUGCUUCUAUGAUGAAGACGAGGUGCUGGCGGGGGCGGCGGCGGCUGCCAUCGGCGUGGGCGACGUCGAGGAGCUGGUGGGAGAAGACCCCGCCCGGUUUGAGGAUGCAGACGAUGACGAGGAGGAGGAGGAGGAGGCGCAGCAGCCAGCAGCAGGCGGUGCCGCGGUGCAGCCAAACGGCUGCUAG